AUGACUUCGAACGGAUGUGAGCCAGAUGUUGUCACCUAUGGGACCCUGAUUCAGGGACUGUGUAAAGCUGGUAGAAUCGAGGUUGCAAUCAGGCUUCUUAGAACCAUCCAGACGAAAGGGAUGCUUCUGGCACCACAGGCCUAUAAUCCUGUCAUUCAAGCACUCUUCAAGCGGAAGAGAACAAAAGAAGCCAUGAGACUCUUUAGAGAAAUGGAGCAGAAGGGUGAUACUCCUGAUGCUAUCUCAUAUAUAUGUUGUUUUCCGAGGUCUUUGUUCUGGUGGUGGACCUAUUGCAGAGGCUGUUGA